AUGUGGGUGAAUCACAUUUUGAAGUCUGGGUUGCUGCUUGUCACUCUGUCUCUUGCUAUGGCUAAGCACAAUCAAUCUUCCUUCACCAAAAGUUGUUACCCCAGGGGAAUACUGUCCCAAGCUGUUGACGGUCUCUAUAUCAAGGCAGCAUGUCUCAAAGCAACAAUUCCAGAAGAUCGCAUAAAAAAGAUACGAUUAUUAAAAAAGAAAAUGAAAAAGCAAUUUAUGAAGAACUGCAGUUUCCGAGAACAGAUUUUAUCUUUCUACAUGGAAGAUGUUUUUGCUCAACUCCAAUUCCGAGUUUGUAAGGAAACACACUUUGUAGAAGACUUUCAUAGCCUUAGGCAAAAACUGAGCCACUGUAUUUCCUGUACUUCAUCAGCUAGAGAGACGGAACCCAUGACCAAGAUAAAAAAAACAUUUUAUAGAAUUGGGAACAAAGGAGUCUACAAAGCUGUCAGUGAAUUGGAUAUUCUUCUUUCCUGGAUUAAGAGCUUCUUGGAAAGCAUUUAGUAAAUCAUGAAGCCAAGAGCAUCAAUCUUAUAAUUAUUUUGAAAUCCAAUGAGAACCACUGGAAAUAAAUUUAUGGUACUGUAUUUCUUUUUGAAAAUUGUAUACUUAACACUGAUAAUAAGUUAUGGGAUUUAGAAUAGACUAGAAAGAUUUAAUAUAGUAGAUUUUAAUGUAGUAGUUGUGGAGAUUAAGUACAUUGUCACUAAUGUGUACAUUUUCUGUGCUUUCAAAGAAUAUUUUUCAUCUUGAUCAUGUUUUAUUGUUCACAAAUGCAUUGUAUAAAUUUAAUUUAAAGUAUAAACUGAAUGACUUAUGUAGAAUACUUGUGGAGGAAAAACAAUG